CAAAUACACAAAAAGUAUUGUUUAAACAACUAGGAUAUGCAAUAAUUUAUCCUUAUAUAUAUAUAUUAGACUAAUUAAUAUUCGGAUAUUAAUUGGUCUAAAAAUACUAAUUUAUCCUUAUACUAUUGCAUAUCCUUGUGUGAAUUACUUCCUUCUCGUAGUAUUUGGAUUCGUGAAAACCCCCGAUUUCGGCCUGAAAAUGCAACCUGACUAUUAACAGGACGAGUGUAGCCACAGUGUAGCUUCACCAUUCCUCGCGAGUGACCGAGCAAAUCAACGAGACGGGAUAAUUUUUCCAUGCAUUAAUUUAAUUGUACAUCCCCACUUUUUUAGGUUACAAACAGAUAUGUUGUCACUAGUGUAGGAUUGUCAGUAAUUUAUUAUUUCUACCUUCUUUUUCUUCUUUCUUGCUCCGCGCCGUUACAGAAUAUGGAGAUCGCACUUAAAUUGUGUACUAUUGCAGUGUACAUUUUAUAUUUAAUGGAAAUCAUUGACGCACAAAAACCAUGCAAAGUGCCAAACGGAGACGCCGGUAUCUGCAUCAAUAUCUCAAAAUGUCAACCGUUGAUGGAACUUUCCAACGUCAAAUACAAAACACCGCAUGAAAAUAUGUACUUCCAUCAAUCCUACUGCGGCGGCAACGAACCACGAAAACUUAAAGUAUGCUGCCCUUCAAAGUCCACAUGGGACACCUUCGUUCCGAGACCGAUAAUAUAUCCGCAUUCACCGACAGCAGUGCCAUCGGCAAUGCCAAUAACUAAAAGCCCAGUGAUUACGCAAGUGAUCCCUCAAAGACCUGUGGUGGCGCCAGUACCAGUGUCAGGGACACACGGUCCACGGAUGGCUCCAGAAAAGCUGGAUGAUCUGAGUAAAAACUGCGGAAAACAAACAACAGCUUCAAACAAAGUUAUCGGUGGGCAGGAGACCGGUAUUGAUCAGUAUCCAUGGAUGGCUCUUUUGGAGUAUGCUGGAAACGAACUCGCUUGUGGAGGCAGUCUCAUCAGCAGCAGAUUCGUAUUGACCGCAGCGCAUUGCAUUAUUAGCCAAUAUGGAUCGCCGAUAUUUGCCCGUCUUGCGGAAUUUAAUAUUACAUCUUAUCCAACUGACUACGUGUAUUAUGACGGCGGUGGAAUCGAAAAUAUUACUGUUCAAAUGGUACGAAUUAAGAAAACAUAUCCUCAUCCACAAUUUAGCCGUUCCCAAAAGAUAAACGAUAUCGGCCUUCUGGAAUUGAUGGAAAAUGUUGUUAUUACAAUACAAAAUGAAGACUUCAUAAAAGCAAUCUGCCUACCGGAAAGGAACUUUUUGCCGGACUUCGACGCGUUGACCAAUUUUACCAUUGCCGGUUGGGGUGGUACAGCAAACGCAGAACAUUCUGAAGUGAAGCAAGAGCUAUCCAUACCUUAUGUACCUUGGGACAGAUGCAGAAAGAAUCCAGACACGCAAAUCUGUGCCGGCGGUAUUAAAGGCCAGGACUCUUGUCCAGGCGACUCUGGCGGACCUCUGAUGUAUGAGUAUGACAAGAAAUUUUACGUCGUCGGAGUCAUCAGCUAUGGGCACAGAAAAUGUGGAACAGAAGGGGAGCCAGCUGUACAUACCAACGUGUACGAAUACAUGACAUGGAUAAAAAAAACUAUGGGAAUCAAAUUGAACGAUCACCGUAGUGGAUAAUAAUUAUUAAUAGAUAAUAUUAGUUCGUAAUCUUUGACCAAAGUAAAUUGUAAUUAACCAUUCGCUGCCCGCGAGUAUUUUAUCGAAAAGCCCGUCUGCGUUGAAGAAACCGACAGUCAAGGAAUGCGGUUUUAAUCUACCGUUGAGAGCCAUUUAAAAAAUCUUUAUAUUCCUCUAUCGCGCGGAGCAUGAUACUGUGCUCGCCUAUUGCCCUUAGUUUACUUUAUAUUUUUUUACGUAUACGAUGGGCGACCGGUCGUCCAUUUAGAAGUCAAAUGGACAUCAAAUUCAAUAUUAAAAAUGUGUUUCGUUAUCCACUUCGCCGACAAAAGAAAUACUACUUCCUACUAAUAUUAUAAACGCGAAAGUUUGUUUGGAUGUUUGUUACUCCAUAACGCCGCUACUACUGAAGCGAUUUAGCUGAAAUUUGAAACUUUUUAUACCGAAAAAAUCCAUGGUUUCCCGAGAUUUGCAAAAUUGAUGAUUUUGAUGAUAUGAAUGCUUGUUACUCUUUCACGCCUCAACUACUGUUAAGCAUUUAAUUGUUAUUAAAUAUUUUUUAACUAUAACUAGUAAUUAUUUCGCGUUACAAAUAUUGGGUUGGUACUUAGUAUAUAUCGGAUGGACGUUGAGUUAGAAUCAAGGUGAUGUCAACCAGGCACCGGAAAGCGCAGUGUUCGUUGACCCGCCACUAGGUGGAUCGAGAAAUUAAGGAAGUUGGAGGGUUGGAGGGAGCCGUGUCCAGCAGUGGACGUCCAUCGACUCUUAAUGAUGACUUAGUAUAAAUCUUAAGCCAAAUUCCGCUCUGAACACGAGACUUGUGGUCGCGCAGUGUACACACCUCAGCGGGGCUAGUACUUGGGCAGUUUAGCAGCAUGCAACUUCAGAGCAGACUAAUUAUUGUUUGAUGACAUUCUACAAUUAUUAUUAGUGAUGCUAUAAUAAAGAGCGAGACUAUUUUGCGAUUGAUGAUUUUUCAUAUCAUUCCGAAGAAAAUAAAAGUUGGUACAUCAGUUGACCACCCGGGCCAAACAUAUGAACCGAUUUCGAGAAAAUUUACUCCUUUCGACGCAGUUUCCUAAGGUUUAGUGAAUUUUAAAAAUACAUAGUAUAGUCACCAGCGGAAAGAGAUCUUCACGAAAGUAAUGUCCGAGAGAAGAAGAAUAAUUACUUAAAUGUUACUAAUGGUCGCCGAUUGGUCUAAAUUCAACCUUUAAUAAAAGUACCUAUACUAAAGCCUUCUUUUCUAAUUUCUUUGUUAGUAAACAGUACUCAUCAAAAAAGGCUGUAGUAUAGAUAAGCGAGCGCGGAUUUGCUCGGUGUUCUUUUUUGAAAAUCCGUUUUCUAAAAAUGAAACCUAGUUAGAUCGAUUUACGAGUAGCACCCCUGAAACUAAUUAGAGCCGUUUCCGAGGUUCGAAUAUGAUCUAAGAGAAUAAAAUCAGGCUCAAAAAGUUUAGAACUCUAAGCCAGUUACAAACAACAACACACGCACACUUAUGUAUGUGUGUGUAUGUAGUGAUGUAAACAAGAAGUUUGCAUAUUUGUGCAUAAUUUUCACAAAUAAGAAUUUAUUACACAAUACAUACUAGUGUGAUAGUAAAAACCUAUUCGUAAUUAAUGGAAUAUCUACAAUAAUAUACAAAUCUUGAUUUGUUGUGACCAUGAUCAAGUGUGGUUCUGUAUACCGUAAUUGUUUUACAUAGUAUUAAUACAUCAAUUAACGAAUCACAGCAUGCUUCGUGCGAUGCGCAGUAAUAGAUUUUAGUUUGGAUCGUGCCGCGAUGCAAGAACCAGCUCAUGACUAAGGGCCCCGUAUGGGUUCGAAACUAGUCGGGCAUACUCCGACGUAAUAUCACGUGAGUUUUAGCCGUGUUUCAUAAUCAUUUAAGAUUUUAGUAUUCUUUGUAUGGAAAGUCAUACAAGUGUGUCCACUGGUCAGAAUCAUACGGAUCGCAUCAAACGCAUUUUAUGUACUUACCUACCGUAAAAUUAAAAAUCCGUUUGAUACGAUGUGUCCGAUACGUACGAGUAGGUACUAUGCGGAAAAGUGGAUCUGAGGCAUAUGUGUUGAGCUUCACAAUUAUGGCUUUAUUCAUACUGGCAAUCUUCGAUCUCUCUUGACCAUAGAGCUAUUAAAAAUACUGUAAGUGAAUUGACUCCAUCUCCGAUGUUUGUUGUUUACAUCAUGUCUACAUAAUCCUACUAAUAUUAUAAACGCGAAAAUUUUGUAUGGAUUUUUGUUACUCUUUAACGCCGCAACUACUGCACCGAUUUGGCUGAAGUUUGGAAUGGAAAUAGAUUUUACUCUGGAUUAACACAUUACUUUUAAUCCUGGAAUAAUUCAUGGACCCCGAGGGAUUUGUGAAAAACUAAAUUCCACGCGGGCGAAGUCGCGGGCGUCUGCUAGUGUAUAAUAUGUAUCGAUCUGUUGGCCUAUUCACUAAUUUGAUCUUUAUUAACAACCUAUUAAAAUAAACAUCAAAUCGACUAAGAAAUGUCAUCUACCCACUGUUUGAUAUCCACAAAGGGUUGUCAGUACGCACCGCAUGACAUUUGUUACAUAGAAUCUCAAUUACAUAUAUCUAACAUAAAGCAAAAGUUAGUGAAUUAGCCUACUGCGCGUAACGCCAUGAGAGUUCAGUGCUCUUUACAAUCUCAAAAGUACCCAAUGCACGUAAAAACGUUUUCAUUUCACAUCGACGCUUUGUAAAGGUUUUUCGGUAUACACAAAGAACACUAACGCAAAUUCUACAUCUACACGCUAUAUAGUAUACAAUCGUGCCUGAGACACGCUGGCCGUGUAUCCUAAUUGGCAGCGAGGCUCGGACCUCAGAGUCAGACUCAGAGCCAGUUAGUCGCGCGUGGCCGAGCAAAGCAACAAGACAGGUUUAUUUUUCCUUGCUCGGCGCCGUCACAGAAUAUGGAGAUCGCUGUUAAAUUAUGUGCUCUUGCAGUGUAUAUUCUAUAUUUACUGGAUAUCAUUGACGCAC